GAGUCGCGUGAACAUUUGAGGUCAAGUCUACACCGCGCGUUCGCGAAAAACCGUCACCAGAAACAACCAUUUAAGACCGGCGUUUGAAAAGCAGAUUGUCUGAAUCUGUUAAGCAGAAACCCCCGAAAUUGAUAGAUCUAAAGAACAAUAUAUCGAACAUGAACGGUCAAAUUAACGGGUUUCACAACUCCCUGAUUGAUGAAGAGUGCUUUUUGUUCACGUCAGAGUCUGUCGGUGAAGGACAUCCUGAUAAGAUUUGUGACCAGAUCAGUGACGCUGUGUUGGAUGCCCACCUCAAACAGGAUCCUGAUGCCAAAGUAGCAUGUGAGACGGUUGCUAAGACUGGAAUGAUCUUGUUGGCCGGUGAGAUCACCUCUCAUGCUUCAGUGGACUAUCAGAAGGUUGUCAGGGAUACCAUCAAGCACAUAGGCUACGAUGACUCUUCCAAAGGGUUUGACUACAAGACCUGCAAUGUGCUGGUGGCUCUUGAGCAGCAGUCACCUGAUAUUGCCCAGGGGGUUCACCUUGACCGCAAUGAGGAAGACGUAGGAGCUGGAGACCAGGGCCUGAUGUUUGGUUAUGCCACUAAUGAGACUGAGGAAUGUAUGCCACUCACCAUUGUUCUGGCCCACAAGCUGAAUGCCAAAAUGGCUGAGCUACGCCGCAACGGCACCCUGCCUUGGCUGCGACCUGACUCCAAGACUCAGGUGACUGUCCAGUACAGGCAGGACCGUGGUGCCAUGCUUCCAGUGCGUGUGCACACCGUCGUAGUGUCCGUGCAGCAUGAUGAAGUGGUGUGUCUGGAUGAGAUGCGUGAUGCUUUGAAGGAGAAGAUUGUGAAAGCUGUGGUGCCCAGUGUCUACCUGGAUGAUGACACCAUCUAUCACCUACAGCCCAGUGGCCGCUUUGUCAUCGGAGGCCCACAGGGAGAUGCUGGUUUGACUGGCCGUAAGAUCAUUGUGGAUACUUAUGGAGGCUGGGGCGCUCACGGAGGAGGAGCUUUCUCUGGAAAGGAUUACACUAAAGUUGACCGCUCUGCUGCCUAUGCUGCCCGCUGGGUGGCCAAGUCUUUAGUCAAAGCUGGUCUGUGCAAGCGUGUGCUGGUCCAGUUGUCUUAUGCCAUUGGUGUGGCCCACCCUCUGUCCAUCUCCAUCUUCCACUAUGGAACCUCCCAGCGGAGCGAAAAGGAGCUGCUGGAGAUUGUGAAGAAGAACUUUGACCUCCGUCCUGGUGUGAUUGUCAGAGCGCUGGACCUGAAGAAGCCCAUCUACCAGCACACCGCCGCCUACGGCCACUUUGGCCGUGAGUCCUUCCCGUGGGAAGUGCCCAAAAAGCUUAAGUACUAAAUCUGUAACCCCCCCUCCUUUCCUUGGGCAGUAGGUGUGCAUUACAGAGAAACCUACUCAACCCGCGGAGGGGGGAGAUGUACCAAAACACCUUGCUCCUAACCUUACACCCAUUCCCAAAGGUAAAUUAAAUGUCCUUUUCCCUUCAACGGUGCUCUUCCCCGUACAAUUCAAACCUGUCCUUUUUUGCUGUGUUUUUUUGGAUGGUGACACAUGGUUUUUGUUUUACUUUAUUUUAUGAUGCCCUCUUCACCCGCUUCUCUUCAGCCCUUCCUUCCUUACCUACUUGCUUGAAAGAUCAAGUGAUGGCACAAAUGGGGGUCAAAGAUUGAUUUUGUGUUGCAUUGCUGGCUGAUGCACGAAUCCCUCAACUUUGGUUAUUCUCAUUGGUAAAACAAAUGCUUAAAGGGACAGUGCACCCAAUUCCUGCAAAAAUGUACACUCCUUUUUGUUUUUCCAAACCUGCAUUUAGUUAUUUUAGGCAGAAUUGGCCCUUCACAUUUAUUGUUAAAAAAACUGCAAUGAAAGAGUGGUGCUUAAGUCAUUCUGCCAAACAUUGCCUUUUGUGUUACACAGAAGAAUAAAUGUCAUGUGUUUGGAAAAACAACAGGGUGAAAAUUGUAAUUUUUUAACCUUUUUAACCUUUUCCAGGAUGACCACUUUAAAAAAAUCUAUACGAUCUCAAAUUGGAUCAAAACUUCUCUUGAAAUGUAAGCUGAAUGUUUAAAACUCUGUCUUUUUAGUUUGAUUUAAAACAAAUGCAUUUUAGUUAAACUGCAGGGAUUGGAUGAGAAUUAAGAGUUUUACAUGAAAAUGUGUACUGUUAAGGUGGUUAUGUCCUAGUCACUGCAGGCCAUAUUUGUUUUUCUGAUGUGCUACAGAGAAGUCAGAAGCUGCUACCAACCUUUGUGGUUCUGCAAGACUUGUGACAUAACCAUUCCCAAACCCCAUACCUCCCUGCUCCAUUCUCAAUGGUGAUUCCAGAUAAAACCUCCUGGUAGCCGAUUGUGAUGUUCUACAAGACCAUGGUGGAGGCAAAGCACUUCUCCCUCUGUGUGCAGCGACAGCCGGCGUAGCUACAGAGAAGCCUUGCUCCCUCACUGCCACAGAGGGGCUGCCUCCACCUUGAUUUGCUCCAUACUUGAAAAACUGAACCUAGUAUUUGCUUGGCGAUCCUCUUGAGCCUUGGUGUCGGUACAGAAAAGCCGGGGACCUCAAGGUGACUGCCUUCUAAUUUUUGUACAUGAAAGGAUUUGUUUUUAAAGACAAGGAGUACUUUUCCCAUUUGUUUCAACACUGUAGUCAUGGUAUAUGUCCCAUGUGCCCCCUCUCACCCCCAUGGCAUCCCUCAGUGUCCUACAGAAAGCUUUGGGCUCUCGCCACAGAGGUGGCGCUGGUAGCUUUGACCAUUGUUACUUUUUUACGAGAGUGAAGGCAGAUAGAUGAGACUGACCAUAUGCAUUCGUUCACAACGUUUUAUGUUCAUGACUCCCGAGCAUUCCCACAGACAGGAGCGAGUUUGGCCGGUGUUGUACAGAGAAACCAGCUUCGUUUACAUGCUCUCUCUCUGUUGGGUCCGUGCGGGUUGCAGUCUUUUUUUUUUUUUUUUUCUCCUCUUCUUGCUCAUCUUCUGUUUUUAUUUCAUACUAUUUUUGUUUUAAAUUCCAGCGAUUGGCGCAUCAGACUGGUUACUGGGAGUAGAAGUGCCUUUUUUUUAAAUUGUUUCUAAUUUUAUUUUCCCUCUUACCUUAACCCCUCCCUUUCCACCUGCUUUUCCUUACCUCUUGUGUGUGUGUGAAUCCACAGGGAAUUCCUGAAUUCCCUUCCUUUCAGUGCUCCACGAUGGAGAUUCUGUCCCUUAUAUCGGUGAACUGAAUAAAAAUUCUGCCUGUAUGUUGUGAUGUUUCAUGUCUACAUUUUGUCAUAGAUGUAUGCAUGAACAAUGAGAAGUGCUGUAUGUAGUGCAAUUUUUAAUUCCCCAAUAUGUCCAUAUAAUUUUUAUUCAGUACCUAUAUUCAAGUCAACCUUUAUUUAUAGAGCACAUUAAAUAAUGACAGAAGUUGACCCAAAGUGCUUUUACAGAUCAAACAAACAAAAUGACGAUAUAAAAACAGAUUGAUUUAAAGUUAAAU